UCUUUUUUUUUUUUUUUUUUUUUUUCGUUUUAUUUUUUUCGUUUUCUUCCCCCACCACCACUCCCACCUUCCAAAACCACAAAAACAACCACUCGCUUCAAUGACCGACUUCCUGGGCCUGUCGCCUGCACUCUUCAGCAUGGCGCAGCUGUCGUCGGCCAUGUCAGACACCUCCAGCCGCCCCAGCAGCGCGACAGAGAGCUGUCCGGUCUCGCCGACGACCGAAAGCGAUGACAAGUUCCCUCGUUUUCAUGUCGACUUUGGCGACGCGUACCCGCUCCCGGACGACUUCUCCCCAGAGCCCAGCCACCGGAUGGCGCUGACCACCGCCCUGCAGGCACAGGCAGCAGAGGCCGGCGUGGCUGGCGACGACGCGAGCAGCAGACCCAAUCCCACUAAAUCGCCGUUGUUGUCGAACCGUUCCCACGCGUCCGUUGCUGCUGCUGUUGUGCCCGUGCUCGCCAAGCACGAUAGCCGCAUCCACAAGAGCAGGAAUAAUACGACCAUCGACACCCACCAUGUGGACUGGUCGGUGCACACGGCCUUCUCGCCACCCACAUCGUCGUCGUCGUCGUCGUCCGAGUCUCCCACGUCGUCCGAGCAAGGACCAACACAAUCGGCCGAGUCGCUGACCGCGUCGUUCCCAGCACAGAAGGCCUCCUUGGCGUCACCCAGCUGUCUUCCAUGUCGGAUGGCGCAUCGGUCUUGCAAUCGGGGGUUGCCUUGCAACCGAUGUCUCAAGGCCGGCACGCAGUCGAGCUGCUGCUACCCGCAGCCGUCCAAGAAGGGCCGCAAGAAGAAGAAUGCUGCGCAUGAUGUCGAGAGCCAGCUCCAAGUGCAAUUCGCGCCGGCAGCCAACAACGCAUCUCAAAGUAAGAGCCUGGAGCAAGUUCAAGCGGCAUUGCCUGCCGUCGCAAGUACCGAGUCGUCCUCCUGGGACCCCAUUCUCUCGCAGAUGUUUUCAGCGCUCGACAGCGCCGGACAGGUGCUCGAGUAUCAUUGCGACACUGGUCCUGUCGAUUCCGAGCCCGAUGUCCAUCGGUUUUUGCAGCUCCUGGCCAUGCCGCAGCACGUGCCCGUGAAGGCGUACUUUGAGGUGCUCCGAGAGCUUGGCGACCUGCGUGCGCGCAACAUUGAGCUCCAGUCCAAGUUACAAUCCGCCUCCCUGACCUCCACCGGGUCUCCCCGGAAUCCAGUCGGGAUUUCAAUCCCCAUUCCGGCACUGCUGGACUCUGCUUUUGACGGAACCCGGAUGCACAUCCCAACGCCCGACUCCCGAGUCGCGGAGGAAAUCAGACGAACCGUGCGCUUCUCAUCCGUGUCGUACGCCAAAACCGUCAUGGGGACGAUCAAAGAGUGCAGUCCGUUGUUUGUCGAUCUCUUUGGCGCAACCUCGGACACGGAAAUUGUUGGCAAAACAUGGCCUCAGCUGACUCACCCGACCUUCCAGAGUUCGUGCAAAGAGAUUAUCAUGAGCAUCAUCUCGAUGCGCAUCACCACCUCCGUCACGAUGCAAGUCGUGUUUGUGCGCAAGGACGGCUCUGCCUUCCAAGCCAGCUGCACGCUCACCGCCAUCUGGCGUUCCGCCUCGUUCGACGGCUGCAUUUCGCUUUUGCACAACGAUACUGUGAUGGAACGACCCGAGUGGAAUCUUGAUGUGCCCAUUUUCGACAAGCCGAUGGACUUUUUCAACGAUUGUCCUGCGCACGCACUUUUCUUCCACGAAAUGCUGCAUUUGCCGGAGUCAGUGCACUGAACCAGGCAUUAUGGUUUUAGGUGCUUGAGACCGCCAGCAGCACACAUUCACCCAAAAAAAAAAAAACUUGUGGGAAAUGACAGUCCGUUCACCCGCCUUCAGCAUGCUUUGUGUCCCCGUCUUUGUGUCAUGCCCCUAUUCACCCACGAGCAACGAGUCUGUUGUCGUGGAUGCAAGCAGCAUCGCCAUAAGCACGCAUAUUCCUCUUUUGUUAAGAAUCCUCACCAAACCUUGUUGUCCGAGCCUCCGAGCGCGCUCAAGCCUUUUGCUGCAUUGUUUCUCGGUCGGCCUUAGUUUGAGAAUGUCGUUUGUUGUUAUUUUGCUCGACCGUCUCCGAAAUGUGUUGAAAAAACCCGUACUCCCUGAUAAUAAACCCCUCU